AUUGGAGGAUGGCAGUAACAAAUAAACGAAUACUUUAUGUUGGAGGUCUCUCCGAAGAGGUAGAAGAGAAGAUUCUUCAUGCAGCAUUUGUGCCAUUUGGUGACCUUAUCGAUAUCAACAUCCCAUUAGAUUAUGAAACAGAGAAACAUAAAGGAUUUGCAUUUGUAGAGUUUGAACUAGCAGAGGAUGCAGCUGCUGCCAUAGAUAAUAUGAAUGACUCUGAGCUCUUUGGAAGAACUAUACGUGUAAACAUGGCCAGGCCACAGAAAGUUGCCAAAAUGAAACCAGUAUGGUCGGAGGACACAUGGUUGAAGGAACAUGCGGGUGCCACACUAGAUAAUGACAAUGAUGAAGAGGGGGGAGAGACUGGGGGACAGAAGAGGUCUGCUGAAGAGACUACAACAACUACAGAGCCUGCAAGCAAGAAAUCAAAGGGGAAUAGCCAGGUGUACUUGGACAUCAAGAUAGGUGGCAGAGAUGCUGGAAGAAUUGUUUGUGAACUGAGAGCUGAUGUAGUUCCAAGAACUGCAGAAAACUUUAGAUGUUUGUGCACUCACGAAAAAGGAUUUGGCUUCAAAGGAAGUUCAUUCCAUAGAAUUAUACCUUCAUUUAUGUGCCAAGGGGGAGAUUUCACAAACCACAAUGGAACUGGAGGGAAGUCCAUAUAUGGUGGAAAAUUUAAUGAUGAAAAUUUUGUUUUAAAACAUACUAGUCCAGGUACAUUAUCUAUGGCAAACUCUGGACCAAAUACAAAUGGAUCUCAGUUCUUUAUAUGUACAGAAGCCACUGAAUGGCUAGACAAUAAACAUGUAGUGUUUGGGAGAGUUAUAGAUGGCAUGGAUGUAGUACGAAAAAUGGAGAAUUUAGGAAGUAAAUCAGGAAAACCAGUACAGAAGUGUAUGAUAGCAGACUGUGGGGAGUAUGUGUGAUGACAAUAUGAGAACAUUUGAAAAUAUAACUAUCUGGAGUUAUAUACAAGCACAGUAAAACCUGUCUCAGUGAACAUCUCUCUAGUGAACACCUCUCUCUAGUGAUUCACUCCUGUCUCAAGUGGACACCCUUUCUCCUCACAUACUCAACUGACCUCUCUUUAGUGAACACCUACCUACAGUGAACAUGUUUGUGUGGCUCCUUAGGGGUUCACUGUACA